AUGUACAAUAUUGUUCAACGUGCAAGUGCGAUAUUUGCAUUUGCAAUGACCGUCAUGUUCGGUCUUUUAUUAUCAAUAGCCAUAAGUUCACUUUAUAUAACUUCUAAUCCGAUAGGCAAGGUUGACAUAAAUGAACUUAAUAUAUGGUUGUAUAAUUAUGCUAAUAAAGAAACCGAGUUCGCUUUCAUAGAAAUGAAUAUUGAUGCUGACUUGACCUCACUCUUCAAUUGGAAUACAAAACAACUAUUUGUUGCUGUCGUUGCCGAGUACGAGACCGAAUUACAUGAAUUGAAUCAGGUGGUUUUAUGGGAUUCGAUUAUUCGGUCAAAAGAAGAUGCCCACAUUAAAGGAAAUAAAGUGAGAAAUGAAAAAUAUGAAUUUGUGGAUAUUACACCUAGCUUUGGUGAGGUAAAUGCGAAAUACUCAAUAUAUUGGGAUGUGAUGCCUUACGUUGGAUUUUUAGUGGGCGGAAAAACUGGAACAAACCAAACAAUUCCAUUUCCUGUUCCGUUGAAUGAAAAAGUUUAUAAUUAA